AGAAGCCCCGCCCCCCCCCCGAGGCGCCUGACGCUGAACCGCAGCCCCUUUCUCAUUUCCAGCCCCGCAGAUCUCCAUUUUCUCCUUUCCCGAUAUUCAGCAACGGAGGAGUGAAGACUUGGAAAAAUGAAUGAAGAAUACGACGUCAUCGUCCUGGGCACCGGGCUUACGGAAUGCAUUUUAUCAGGAAUCAUGUCGGUGAAAGGGAAGAAGGUUCUGCACAUGGACCGCAACUCCUACUACGGAGCUGAGAGUGCCUCCAUCACGCCUCUUGAGGAUCUCUACAAGCGCUUCGACCUUCCGGGCAAACCUUCCGAGUCCAUGGGAAAAGGCCGGGAUUGGAAUGUGGAUCUCAUCCCUAAAUUCCUUAUGGCCAAUGGUCAGCUGGUGCGCAUGCUGCUGAUCACAAAAGUGACCCAGUACCUGGAUUUCAAAGUGAUCGAGGGCAGCUUUGUGUACAAGGGGGGCAAAAUCCAUAAAGUCCCUUCUACUGAGACCGAGGCUCUGUCAUCAAGUCUGAUGGGGUUGUUUGAGAAACGGCGCUUCAAAAACUUCCUCCAGUUCAUCUCCAACUUCGACGAGAGCAACCCCAAAACCAUGGAGGACGUCGACCCCCAAAAGACAUCCAUGAGGACCAUUUUCCAAAAGUAUAAACUGGGCCAGGAGGUCAUGGACUUCACCGGCCACUCCCUCGCCCUCUACCGCACAGACGACUACCUGGAUCAACCCUGCAUUGAGACGAUAAACAGGAUCAAGCUUUACAGUGAGUCUCUGGCCAGAUAUGGCAAGAGCCCGUACCUCUACCCACUGUACGGCCUGGGAGAACUGCCACAAGGGUUCGCCAGGCUGAGCGCCAUCUACGGCGGGACGUACAUGUUGAACAAGCCCAUCGACGAGAUCGUGAUGGAGAAUGGGAAGGUGGUGGGAGUCAAGUCCGAGGGAGAGAUCGCCAGGUGCAAGCAGCUGAUCUGCGACCCCAGCUACGCCAUGGAUCGCGCCACCAAAGUGGGCCAGGUGAUCCGAGUCAUCUGCAUCAUGAAUCACCCGGUCGCCAACACUGGCGACAUCAACUCUUGCCAGAUCAUCAUCCCCCAGAAUCAGGUCCAAAGGGAGCAUGACAUCUACGUUUGUAUGAUCUCCUUUGCUCACAACGUGGCCGCCCAGGGCAAAUACAUCGCCAUCAUCAGCACCACGGUGGAGACGAGUGACCCCGAGAAGGAGAUCAAGCCGGCCCUUGACCUGCUGACGCCCAUCGAGCAGAAGUUCGUCAGCAUCAGUGACCAGUAUGCCCCCAUCGACAUGGGCACCGACAGCCAGGUCUUCAUCUCCCGCACGUACGAUGCCACGACUCACUUCGAGACCACCUGCGACGACAUCAAGGACAUCUACCGGAGGAUGACGGGCUCAGACUUUGACUUUGCCGAGAUGGAGCGCAAGAAGCAAGACACCUUCGGCGACGCCUGCGACUAGAAGCGUGGCGCCCGCUACCGCCCUGAUCAUCACGGACGACGACGACUGAAAUCUUACAAAAAAUAGUAAAAAAAGAAAAACUACACAAAAAUGUACACACCGAUGGGCUGGCUGGUCAUCCGAGUAAACGGUUUUGCCCAUUGAGGAAGUUCAUUAUAUAUGGAUAUGAUAUAGUGUUGUUGGGCAGGGUUCAGGGAGGGAGCUACGCAUUUUAAACCCACACUCAGAUGGAUGUUGCACUAAACACUGGUUAUACCUAAUAUACAGUAAUACCCUACAUUAUUCUGCCGCAUCAUGUCGAGAUGAUGCAUAGUCCAAAAAUGCCAAAUCAAAUGGUAAUUCACAAAACUAUAUUACAAAGUGGGGGAAUUCGUGUCAGCGGGGUGGGGUGGGUCAUCCAAUUGUUUUGUCAAUAUAUAAAAUGCAUUUGGAAGAUAAAUAAUAUCUAUACAUCAGUUAUUGGUCUUUGCAAGUAUUCUUUCAUGUCAGGGUGAGAGAGAAGCGGCUUGGCUUUGUGCGUCUUAAGUCAAAUCAUGCGAGCAAAGGGGGGCGGGGCUUGAUAUUUCUAUGUCAAUGUUUUUUCUUUUCUUUCAUCCCCUUUCCGUCGCAGCCAGACGCAUCCUAUAAACCAAGCCACACAAGGGCGACUAGUUACUAUAAUGCAUCAGAGAUAUGCGUUCCUGUAUCAUGCAAAGUGAUGGAAGAUGUGAGCAUUAACAGCAGAUUGGUGGGACGUGUGCUUCACUGUAAUUGCUUAAGAAGGACCAAAAUGUGUACUGCAGCAGUAUUGAAUUGAUGAGAGCCCUUUUGGUAUCCUCUGUCUUGAACAACUUUGGAGAAAAAAACACACAUCUUGGGCUCAAAUGAUUUCUAUACUGCAAAGUAAAAACAAAGUUUGUCAAAAUGCCAA